CUUCCUGCUCAGGGCUCAGGGCUCCAGCAGCCUCCCGGGACCGGACCGAGGCUGGGGAGCCUGGAGGGGUCGGAGGCCAAGCUCAGGCCCAGGCCAGGCUGGGCGGGAAGAUGGCUGGUGGGGGCAGCGAGCUCAGCAGCAGGAUAUCCAUAGAAAAUCAGAACACAGACGACAGGCUUAUCUUUGAGACUGUAUUCAGGCACUUCAAAAGACAUAAAGUGGAGAUUUCAACUGCAAUAAAAAAGACAUUUCCUUUCUUUGAGGGUCUUCGUGACCGUGAACUCAUCACCAAUAAAUUGUAUGAAGACUGUCAAGAUUCUUGUAGAAACCUGGUCCCUGUAUCGAGGGUGGUUUACAAUGUUCUCAGUGAGCUGGAGAAGACAUUUGACUUGUCGCUUCUGGAAGCUGUGUUCAGUGAGGUCAACCGGCAGGAAUAUCCUGAUUUAAAUCACAUUUAUGAAAGCUUUGUAAAAGCAAUCCACGAGAAAAAUAAUCAUGAAGAAAGCAAUGAAGAAGAGAGGGAGGAGAGGCCUAUUCUCCCACUAAGCCUUGAGCAAGGAACUUGGGAAAACUCCUGUCAAGGCCGGAAUUGGUGUUGCAGAGAGUCCUCAUCUUACGAUGGUACGACCUCACCUGAAAAUGCACUCUCGGAUCAGCUCUGUGAAACAGAACAGAUAAAUGCAAAGAGGAAAGAUACAACCAGUGACCAAAACGAUGCACUAGAAAGCCAACAAGCAAAUGAACAAUGUGCCCAAGAGUCUGAACCAGCAGAGUCCUGCGAACAAGUACCUAUCCAAUCAUAUAAUGGUGAUGCAAGAAAAGAGACACCCAGCCCAUUGCCUUAUGAGGAAGAAAAUGCAAAUCUACCCAACCAUGGAUUUCAAAUCAAUUCCUGUUCUGUCCUUCUGGUGGAUAUAAAGAAGGAAAAGCCAUUUUUUAACCCCGAAGUUGAAUGGCAAACCCAAGCAAGGACUGACUGUAACCAGGCACCUGAUGUAAUAGUGAUCAGCAGUGAGGACUCCGCAGAAUCCAGCGAUGGAGACGUGUCCCCAGAGCCCUCCACAUCAGCACUGAGAACGGCGUCUGAUCCUUGGGAUAUUGAAAACAUAUCAAUUUGCAGCAUAAGCAACAGGAAAAGACGGAUCAGCAGUGGUGACACUUCAGAACUGAGUAACGAAGAUGAGCUUCAGGAAACGUCUAGCUCAGUCCUGAGAAAUGGGUCAGAUACCACGGAUACUGGAAGCAAUUCUACUUUGGGAAAACACAGUGAGAAAAGAAGGAGAAAAACAAUCAACACUGGGCCUUUGAAAAGAGGCAGAAAAAAAGGUCCAAGAAUUCCCAGAGAAACAAAUAUGGAUUUUCAGCUUCCUGAACUUCCUGUGACUUGUGGUGAGGCAAAGGGGAUUUUAUACAAGGAGAAAAUGGAAAAAGGCACCUCGGAGAAGUGUAUACAGGAUGCAUAUGGAAAGUGGUUCACCCUCAGGGAAUUUGAAAUUGAAGGAAACCAUGAAGCAUCCAAGAAGUGGAAGAUGAGUGUGCGCUGCGGGGGAUGGCCCCUGAAAACCUUGAUUCAGAGAGAAUUUCUACUAGACCCGUCAAGAAAAAGAAAGAAGCCAGAAAACUCAAAUGAAUGCGAGGUAUGCCGUAGAAAGACCACGCUGUUCUCCUGUAAUACUUGUUCAAGGUUCUUUCAUGAGACAUGCCACAUCCCACCUAAAGGUGCUGACAGGAACCCAUGGAGCUGCAUCUUCUGCAAGAUAAAGGACCUUCAGGAAAGGUGCCCAGAAAGCCAACCAUGUCAUCAGGAAUCUGACGUCCUGAAGAAGCUGAUGCUGCCUAAAGAGAAGUUGAAGUGUGAGUUCCUCCUCUUAAAGGUCUAUUGCUCUCCAAAAAGCUCUUUUUUUGCCUCAGAACCAUAUUAUACAUCUCAAGGCCUGGAGAAGCCCAUGUGGUUAAACAAAAUCAAGAAAAAUCUGACGAUGAACAUAUAUCACCGAGUACAGGAGUUUGUGCGGGACAUGCGUCUCAUCUUCCAGAACUACAGGGUGUUUUGCAAGAACAAGAAACUCAUCAAUCUGGGACUUCAGCUAGAAGCCGAAUUUGAGAGUGAUUUCAAAAACGUUUUUGGCAUCCAGGAAAUAAGUACAAACAGCAUUCGGUUUGAGCCGAUCUUUUAUAAUGUAGCCCGUUUCUAGUUCCCCCUUCAGAGUCUCCACUGCUACAUGAUAUUGUGCCUGUGGCCCCACUGACCAACUGCCUGUUGCUGUGUGAAUAACACACUUCUUUUUCAAACUUUUUUUUACUGACAUUCCUGCUCAUUUACUUUUCUAAAUAAAAAUCUUAAACUUCA